UUAUCGCUUUGCUGAUAUUCUUUAUUUUUAUACAUAUUUUUUUGAACAACUGUGCAUUUGCUUUAUCUCUUAUAAGUAUGACCAUCAAAUGUGGCAGUGUUCUUAUUGAAUUCAUGACAAGUGUUUACGCAUAAAUAUUUUAGUUUAAUAUUGCCAAGGACAUAUUCCGGAAAAUUGUUUAGCAAAUCCCCAAAACGACUUUGCUAAAUUUGCUUUGGCAAAUGCAGACAAAACUGUCGCGACUUCUAGGCAAUUGUCAAGUGCUUCGUAUUUUGUUGUUGUUGUUGUUCAUUUUUAUAGAGCACAUAAGCGGCUUUACACGCUUUGCAGUCAUAAAUAAUUCACUUAAGCUGCAGCAGUAGCAGCAGAAAUUGGCAAGUGAGUGUCAUUAAGAUGGCGCGACUGUAGGAUACCCUGCUUUGAAUGGGCUCAGAGCUCAGAUCUUCUGGCUCUAACAGGAAUUUGUGCUAGUCGGGUAUACCCGUUGCUUCAAUGGCUACAGUGUAUUGGCACUAAGGUUUUUUUUCGACACAUGAUUACUCCUGAUGAGUUUGAUGCUAUCCCAUGUAAAAGAUUGAUGAGCUCGAAAGUAUCUCAAGGUUGUUCCACUUUUUGUUCUGGGUUCGUUGCUUGUGUUUGCCUGCAAAUAUGUUGGGCAAAUAGAGAAGUGUAUUGGUUAAACAUCAGAUAAGUUAGCACUCGGUUGGGAUUCUGUGAGGGUUUCUGCUAUAAAACCUGCGUCAGUUAAAUGGCAAAGACACAGUAACCCAUUGAUACGUUACCAAGAUGUACCAGCUCCUCGUCUAUCUCAGCUGCUCCAUGCUGCUGGUGGCUGCUGUCACCGAGUUGCCUGAGGAGACAAUCACAACAGAUGCCUACUCUGAGUUUCCCGAAGAUUAUACAUUGUCUGAGCUGGAAGAGCCUAGUGCUGAGGAGUCGGAUUUGAUGAUGGUGCAUAAAAUCAACUGGAGCGUCUAUGAUACGCCUUUCGGCAGGCAAGCCCGGGAAGUGCACCAGCCGGAGCAGCUGGCCGAUCCUGCUUCGCACUCAGCCACUGAAGUGGAAAGUCACGCGGAAAAAGAGCAGUCAUCGCUUCCACGUGAUGGCAACGCAUGUCCCAGCAGCGCAGAGCGUGGUUUGACCAGCCUCAUUCGCAAAGCUCGUCCACUGUUGCCCGCGGAACGUUUGCGCAACAUUUUGGCCAAUGCCAGGGAGGACGGCGAGGUCCGUGAACUGCUCCAGCUGCUGCGCAGCGAUCAGUUCAAGGAGCGUGUAACGCGUCUGCACAACACCAAGGAAAAGGGCGUGCUGCGGGAUUAUGUGUGCCAGACCCUGAAACUCAACCAUGCCUACUACUUGGAGCAUGUGCGUCUGCUAUUCAAUGCUCAGUCCUCAGAGCCUCCCAGCAGUCCUUUGCCCAAUCGCCGAAAGGGCGUGCGCGGACUGUUGCAGGAUCUGCGCGAUGCAGUGCCGCGUGCACAGCUUCGGGAGCUCUAUCGACGCCAAUUCGCGUCCGAUAAGGAUCUGUCCGAAGCAGUGCGUCGCAUACGUGGCACCGAAUUCCGGCGCCUGCUCAGCAAUGUGCGCGCCCUGCCAGAGUAUCGUGCGGUGCGGGAUGAUCUGCAAAAGGCCGGCGUGCCGUUGCAGCAGGUGCUCAAUCUGGUGGCCACUUCCCUGGGCUCGCCUACUCUGGAUUUGGGCAGUGAGACGGAAAUAUUAAGUGGCUGAGUUUGCGACGAAUAAUAGCCAUCAAUUUUGCUAGCUAUUUAUAAAAUAAUAUUUCUCAUAUCGAUAUCUUUUUCAAUUAACGCAAAUAAUAAACUUUUGUGAAUAUUCUGCU